AAGAUGAACUCGAUCAAAACCCAAAAGCGGAGGUCAAGCUGUGAUGCAUGCGGCGCCUCAAAGCUUCGAUGCGACCGCAGCCAGCCUGCCUGCGGUCGCUGCGUCGCUCUAAAGCAAAACUGUGUCUACGGCAUCUCUCGUUAUAAAGGCAGGCCAAAGAAGAACCUUUGGGAUAUUUCCCAAGGUAGUCCCCUCAAGACAUCAACAUCACCGUCGUCAGAAGAGAAU